AUGUCGACUCUUGCGGAAGAAUUGCUGCAGGACUUCGAGGACUCUGGAUCCGAAGGUGAGGGACAAAAUGAAGGCCUCUUUCCCGACGACGAAGACACGAAGACUGGACUGAACGGCCACGCGACACACGCAGGCGCAAAUGGCAGCAUGGAGUUGGAUGGCGACGAGGAGGAGGUAGACGAAGAUGAGGAUAUGAGUGGCGUCGCCAACAAUGGCCUUGAUGUUGAAGACGAGGAGGAAACCAAGGCCAAGGUGGAGAAGAUGGAGAUGGGAGGCGUCGAUGAUGUGCGCAGUGUUGCGCGGCUGAUGAAGACUUUGGAGCCAGUAUUAGAGAAAAUUGCACAUUUUCAAUCGUUGCCUCCAGAGAAACAGACGACGUUCGUGGGCUCCAUCGAGGACAAUCCAGAAUACCAUCUUUUGACGCAGUCAAACACUCUAUCCACGUCUAUCGACACGGAAAUCAUGAUUGUCCAUAAGUUCAUACGCGAUCAUUACUCGGUUCGAUUCCCUGAGCUGGAGACACUGGUUACGAAUCCUCUGGACUACGCCAAAGUUGUGGCUAUUAUUGGGAAUGGACCUAUGGACGGGGAUAGCAUCAAGGCUCUUCAAACCUCCAAGACCAACCGACUAGGAGUCACCCUACGAUCAGUCCUUGACGGACCAUCAGUAAUGAUUGUCACAGUCGAAGCGACCACAACAAAAGGCCGAGAAAUGACCCAGGUAGAGCUCGACCGAGUAAAUAUAGCCUGCGACAUGAGUCUUGCUCUCGACAAAGCCAAGCGUACUCUAACAGACUACGUCCAAUCUCGAAUGAAUCUCUUCGCCCCGAACCUCACAGCCCUGAUUGGAUCGUUGACAGCAGCCCAGCUCAUUAACUUCGCCGGUGGUCUCACAGGCCUCGCCAAAACUCCCGCCUGCAACCUCGCCCCCUUGGGCUCCAAAAAGCAGUCCGGAACCGGCUUCGCAACCAAUGUUGGAGUACGGCAACAAGGUUUCCUCUACCACUCGCCCAUCAUAAAAGGUAUCCCUAACGAUCUCAAACGCCAAGCAAUGCGUAUCGUCUCGGCAAAAGUCGUCCUCGCAGCACGAGUCGACCGAGUUCAUAACUCGCGCGACGGCCGCACAGGUGAGGAGCUCAAAGCCGCCUGUCUAGAACGCCUGGAGAAGCUCACCGAGCCACCUCCGAACAAAGGUCAAAGAGCCCUCCCUGCACCCGACGACAAACCAGCACGGAAGCGCGGUGGACGUAGAGCCCGAAAAGCGAAGGAGGCAACCGCCAUGACUGAUCUCCGGAAAGCACAGAACAGGAUGACGUUUGGUAAGGAGGAGAAGGAGGUUGGAUAUGGAACGGGCGAGGGUACUAAGGGUAUGGGCAUGAUUGGGCAAUCGAACGAUGGCCGCAUUCGUAAUUUGCAGGUCGAUAAACGCACGGCUGCCAAGCUAUCCGCAAAGAACAAGGGCUGGGGAGGCGCUACACCCGUCGGAGGCUCUGCCUCUUCUCUGCGCGGGUUCGGGCAAGGCGCAGGUGCCGGAAUUGACCUUCGUGGCAAGGGUCUCCGGGCUUCAGGCGUGGGCUCGACAGUAGGUGCCGGGUCCGGUACCGCUUCGUCGCUGGCGUUCACACCCGUGCAAGGACUGGAGCUGGUAGACCCCAAGAUGCAGGCGGAGAUGAGUCGGAAGCGAAAGGCGGAGGAGGACAGAUGGUUCAAGGGCGGGACCUUUACGCAGGUCGGUGGUGCGAGCGGAAGCGGGACCAUGGGACCUCCGCCCCUGCCGCCGAACAAGAAAGUCGACACGGGCGCCGGGAAGGGAAACAUGGCGCCGCCGCCACCGCCUCCGAAGAAAUGA